GGUAUCUGCCCGAGUAUGGCAUCUGCCUUGCCUCUGCUACUGCCAGGGCUGUCCCAGCUGCUCACAGCAUCCCUCUACUGACUGACCCUGGCACUACAACUAGAGAUCAGGACACCCACUGCCUGGCGAAAUGGGCACGGCACUUUAAGAAACACUGGCAGGAGUUUUGGUAAUGCUUGUCAUGUGUGUCCUCACCCUGGCUCAAGAGUGCAAAUGUUAGGCCCUGGGUUUAAUCUCCCAAUACAGCAGGGGGAAAAGGUACAAAUGCUGUUGUCAGCAUAAAUCAUAGCUAGAGCUUUUUGCAUUCAACUAAACUAAGUUGAGAAAUGGGAAACUCAGGCUAGGGAGAAUGCUGUGUUGUGGGUGACAGCCACUCUGCCUUCCCCAGUGCAUCCUCCACUUCCAUUGCCUUUCAGAGCCUGGUUGGUACCCAGUGUACUACAGCAGGGCUGAUGUCUGCCAUGCUUCCAGACCUAAUUGUGUAAAAGCUGAUAGAAAAGUCACUGUCCCUGGUGUUCAUCUAGUGUCAUGUGGAAGCCUUGUCCUAUACGGUAGAGAACUGCUGAUGAGGUAGUGGUAAAAUGUCCACCAAUUUUCCUGAAACACAGAUUGUUGCAGUGUGCUUAGUCUCCUAAGUGGUGCCCCAGGGUUCUGUGCAUUCAGGACUAGUUCAACGGAAAAACAGCUUGGUGGCCAGCAGCCUUAGACUUUGCUUCUCCUUCCAGUAAAAAGACGCAUGGUGUGAGCCUACUCUCCCCAUUUAAGACAAAGGCUAGAUUCCUCAGGCUGGCUGUCACCUCUUCUCCCACCAUAUGUCCCCUGGAGGCCCUGGGAGCUGCACACAGUUCCAUGAAGGCACCUGUGUGUAUGUGUGUGUGAUUGCAGGUAUGCGCUCCUCUUUGUGAAAGGACCCCCUCUGCCAGCACACUGUUCUUUCUUCAAGACUUGGCUUCCACAGCCUGCCCAGCACUCAUUCACUGUCAGUCCCUUCCUCUUGUGUUUCUACAUUGCCUCUUACCACAUUUUUUAAAGCUGUUUAUUACACUGCAUAUUUCCCAGGCUAAGCUCCCACUCCUUUCCAGGGAUGAGCUACCACCUCAAAACUCCAAAGUGUUUAUAAAAUGAGCAGAAUUCCUAGCAUUGCAGUAGGGAUGUCACAGAAUCCUUGAGUCCAUUCACAGUUCCAGCAUCCUGUGGUCAUUUUACUUUACUUUGCACCAUAGCCCUGGCUACCCUGGGUUCCUUUUAGAGCAAACUGGGAAGGAAGUUGACCUUCCUGAAUUAGUGGAUGUCUGGUAAGCAGUAGCUGAGGGAAAGGGCGGGGCUUGGAGACAAUAUAACUUGGGUCACCCUGAGUUUCACUUUUGAACACAGACCAGGUCACUGUGUGCCUCACAUUGAGAAAAGAGCUUAGCCCUGAGGAGGAUAAUCAACUGCUGUAUCUCCCAGGUGACCCACUCCCAUUGUGGAAUCACAUGGACUCCAUUGGGCCUGCUGGGUUGCAGCCUGGGGAAAGAGCCCUGGGCUGUCCCCAGGAGGGGUUACCCCUGCCCUCAGACAGCUCAGAGCUGGUACAGGAAUGUCUACAGCAAUUCAAGGUGACAAGGACACAGCUGCAGCAGAUCCAAGCCAGCCUCCUGGAUUCCAUGGAGCAGGCAUUGAAGGGACAGGCCAGCCCUGCUCCUGCUGUCCGGAUGCUGCCCACAUAUGUGGGGUCUACCCCACAUGGCACUGGCAUCGAGGGGCAUAGGGUGGAGCCCAGGAGCCAGGAGUUCAUGAUUCCUGAAGAGGUGGUACUGGGCACUGGCCAGCAACUCUUUGACUUUGCCGCCUGCUGCUUGUCUGAGUUCCUGGAUGCAUACCCUGUAGGAAAUCAGGGCCUGCAGCUUGGGUUCAGCUUCUCCUUCCCUUGCCACCAAACAGGCCUGGACAAGAGCACCCUCAUUUCCUGGACCAAAGGUUUUAGGUGCAGUGGUGUGGAAGGCCAGGAUGUGGUCCAGUUGCUGAGAGAUGCCAUUCAGAGGCAGGGGGCCUACAGCAUUGAUGUGGUUGCUGUGGUGAACGACACAGUGGGCACCAUGAUGGGCUGUGAGCCAGGCACCCGGCCAUGUGAGAUUGGGCUCAUCGUAGACACUGGCACCAAUGCAUGUUACAUGGAGGAGGCGAGGCACGUGGCCGUAUUGGAUGAGGACCGGGGCCGCACCUGCGUCAGCAUUGAAUGGGGAUCCUUCAAUGAUCAUGGGGCCCUGGGGCCAGUGAUGACCACCUUCGACCAUGCCUUGGAUCAGGAGUCCCUGAAUCCUGGUGCCCAGAGGUUUGAAAAGAUGAUUGGGGGCUUAUACCUGGGUGAGCUGGUGCGACUGGUGCUGGCCCACUUGGCCCGUCGUGGCGUCCUCUUUGGUGGCUGUACCUCUCCUGCUUUGCUGAGCCAAGGCAGCAUCCGUCUGAAGCAUGUGGCUGAGAUGGAGGACCCCUCCACUGGGGCAGCCCGUGUCCACACAAUCCUGCAGGACCUGGGCCUGAGCCUGGAGGCUUCAGAUGCUGAGCUUGUGCAGCGCGUGUGCGCGGCUGUGUGCACGAGGGCUGCCCAGCUUUGUGCGGCGGCCCUGGCUGCAGUCCUGUCCCGCCUGCAGCACAGCCGGGAGCAGCAGACCCUCCAGGUUGCUGUGGCCACAGGAGGUCAAGUGUUUGAGCAGCACCUCAGGUUCCACAGCAUUUUGCAGGAGACAGUGAUGCUCUUGGUCCCGGAAUGUGAUGUCUCCUUUAUCCCCUCUGUGGAUGGAGGUGGCCGGGGCGUGGCAAUGGUGACAGCUGUGGCUGCCCGCUUGGCCGCCCACCGGCGCCUUCUGGAGGAGACCCUGGCACCUUUCCGGUUGAACCUGGAGCAGCUGAAAGCCGUGCAAGCACAGAUGCGGGAGGCCAUGGCCAAGGGGCUCCGAGGGGAGGCUUCCUCUCUCCGUAUGCUACCCACUUACGUGCGAGCCACACCCGAUGGCAGUGAGCGAGGAGACUUUCUGGCUUUGGACCUGGGGGGCACCAACUUCCGGGUCCUCCUGGUGCGUUUGACAGAGGGAGGUGUGCAGAUCAUCAACCAGGUUUACUCCAUCCCUGAGUGUGUGGCCCAGGGCUCUGGGCAGCAGCUCUUUGACCACAUCGUGGACUGCAUCGUGGACUUCCAGCAGAGGCAGGGCAUGAGUGGACAGAGCCUCCCCCUGGGUUUCACUUUCUCCUUCCCAUGCAAGCAGGUUGGCCUGGACCAGGGCAUCCUUCUGAACUGGACUAAGGGUUUCAAUGCAUCAGACUGUGAGGGCCAUGAUGUUGUGCAUCUGCUGCGGGAAGCCAUCAAACGCAGACAGGCAGUGGAGCUGAAUGUUGUUGCCAUUGUCAAUGACACGGUGGGGACCAUGAUGUCCUGUGGCUAUGAGGAUCCCCGUUGCGAGAUAGGCCUCAUUGUCGGAACUGGAACCAAUGCCUGCUACAUGGAAGAGCUCCCGAAUGUGGUGGACAUGGCCGGCGAGUCAGGCCAAAUGUGCAUCAACAUGGAGUGGGGAGCCUUUGGGGAUGAUGGCUCACUGGGCAUGCUCAGCACCUGCUUUGAUGAGAGUGUGGACCAGGCGUCCAUCAAUCCUGGCAAGCAGAGAUUUGAGAAGAUGAUCAGUGGUAUGUACCUGGGGGAGAUUGUCCGCCACAUCCUCUUGCAUUUGACCAGCCUUGGAGUUCUCUUCCGAGGCCAGCAGACCCAGUGCCUUCAGACCAGGGACAUCUUCAAGACCAAGUUUCUCUCUGAGAUUGAAAGCGACAGCCUGGCUCUGCGACAGGUCCGAGCCAUCCUGGAGGAUCUGGGGCUGCCCCUGACCUCAGACGAUGCCCUUAUGGUCCUAGAGGUGUGCCAGGCUGUGUCCCAGAGAGCUGCUCAACUCUGUGGGGCAGGUGUAGCUGCCGUGGUGGAGAAGAUCCGGGAGAACCGUGGCCUGGAGGAAUUGACAAUCUCCGUGGGGGUGGAUGGGACCCUCUACAAGCUGCAUCCCCACUUCUCCAGCCUGGUGGCAGCCACAGUACGGGAACUGGCCCCUUGCUGUAAAGUCACCUUCCUGCAGUCAGAGGAUGGAUCUGGCAAAGGUGCAGCUUUGGUCACUGCUGUUGCCUGUCGCCUUGCUCAGAAGACCCGUGUCUGAAGAAAUCCACAGGAACCUGGGAUCUCAGCCCUAGUCUUGCCAGACCAGGGCCUGGGCCCAGCCCGUCUCCAAGCCAGACCAGCCACCAGGGACUCUCAGAAUAGUCCAUGUAUGAUACCUCUAUGGCCAUCUACCCUCCCCGAUAGCUUUUCCCAAGAGAGGUAGCACAUGGGUUAGCAAUAUAUAUAUAUAAUUUAUUUACAUUCA